AUGUCCGGGAAGAAGAAGGGCUACAAGGAGAAGCACGCGUACAAGAAGAAGACCAAGGGCCACCACGACAAGGCGGCGCACAAGAAGAAGUACAAGGACGAAAAGGGGAAGAAGCUCAAGCACGAGGACGGCGCCAGUCACUUUGGGGAGCACAAGUCCUCCGAGAAGGGCAAGAAGGGCGCCAAGUACAACGAGGAAGGCCACCACAAGAAGGGCCACACGACCAAGGGCGAGCACAACGUGCACAAGAAGGUAAGAAGCCGAGCCCAGCGGUCUGUUUUACACGUACCCCGUCCCUUACCCCUUGCCGUGGGUCAUGGGGCGGGGUUAACUCGCAGGGACGAGUACCACAAAAAGCACGAGUUCUACGACGAGCACCACGACGGCGCGGGUCACCACAAGUCUCACGGCCACCAUCACAACCACCACCAUGGCCACGGCAAGAAGUACAAGAAGGGCCACCACGGCGCGGCCAUGAAGCACGGCCACGGCAGCAAGAUGGGCAAGAUGGACAAGGCUGGGCACUACCACGGCCACCACGACCACGACCACCACGGCGGCCACUCCGAGCACCGCGCGCAGAGGGCCAAGUACCGACAAAAGGGCCGGCACAAGGACAGGGGCAGCAGGAGGAUGAGGAACAGAGUGUAGAGAUCGACUAUGGCAGUCGCCAAAAUGAAGAAAUGUUUCUGUGAUAAAUACUUGAAAGAAAAGUGUAGCCAUUCAUUGUGACGAGGUGAUUUAUUUGUAUAUUGACUGACAGUAAAUAAAUGUAAGUUUUCUUA